UUGGCCAAUCAACAACAUACUUAUUCUUCAACCAAUACCAUCACAGGCUGAUCUCGAAGAAGGAUAAUUAACAUUUCAUAACAAUGAAUAUUCAGGAAAAAUUAAAUUUUGGAUAUUUUAAUGGCAGUUUAUACUCAUUUAUUGUUGUGUAAAGCUUGAUCAAUUUUUAAGUUCUUUGUAUAUACUAUGAAAAUUCUAUCGCUAUAGUUUAGGCUUAUGGAAUUCACUCAUUCACUUUGUCCGAAUGUUGGGUCGCAGCUGCCGACAGAAACAUUUUAAAACUUAUAUACAUCGUGUUAGAAAACGAGAUAACGAUCGAAUUAUGUUAAAUUAUCUGUGAUAAUGGGAGGUUGUUUUGGUACUCAACAAAGCAGACCUUCCUCAGGCAUUGAAUCUCUAGAUGGCACAAGUUUACACCAAACAAUUACAAUAGGAAAAAAUCAACCUCUGAAACAUGAAAAACCAAAGUGGAAAAGUGAUGUGCCUUUGACUGGUGGCCAAUUACAUAGCAAACGGGAUGAAUUUUGGGAUACUGCACCUGCUUUUGAAGGAAGGAAAGAAAUAUGGGAUGCUUUAAAAGCUGCUGCUUAUGCUGCAGAAACCAAUGAUUAUGCUCUUGCUCAGGCAAUUAUUGAUGGUGCCAAUAUAUCAUUGCCCACUGGUACUCUGAUGGACUGUUAUGAUGAGCUAGGAAACAGGUACCAGUUGCCAGUUUAUUGUUUAAGUGUUCCAAUUAAUUUAGUGGAGGAAACCAAUGAAUCUGAAUCUCCAGCUGCUGAAAGUGAACCUUGGAGUGAAGGUGGGGAAGAAAUAACUCUGAAAUUUCGUCUUUCUACAUGUGGCAAAGACACAAAAUUAGCUAUUAGAACUGGUGAGACUGUAUUAACUUGUAAAAAGCGUUUACAAGCUGUUGAAUUAAUUGAUCCAUCUAGACAGCGCUGGUAUUUUGGUGGUCGUCUUUUACAUGACAAAAUGAAAAUAGAGGAAGCUAAAUUACAAUCUGGAUUUGUGGUUCAAGUUGUGGUAACUCCAUUAAAUAUGCCUGUUGGGGAAAACUAAGUAGGAAAUAUUUAACUAUGAGAGUUGUUUGUACACACACAUACAUUGAAUGCAGGUGUUUGUGAAUUCAUUUACACUCUCAAGAUAGAAAAUCAUUUUAGCUCAGCUUUUGUCUGCUUAUGAAGAUUUACAUGCAAUCCGUACCAGCCAAUAAUGGAAUUUUAAUCUUUUUCCUCCUCCAUUGCGCAAUGUAUAUUUUAAAUUGAGAAGCUGAGUGAGCUGCGUAAAGGUCACUUAAAAUUAUCAAAUCUCUUACAAAAGAGUGCCUGAUUGUCAUAUUCCUAUUUUAUUCAGAUUGUUAAAUAUUUUCAAUCAAAGCGUAUGUUUAGCAGUGCUUUUUAUUUUAAGUUAAAUGUUUUAUUCCCUUGUAUAUAGAUUUAUGUUGUGAUGUUUUUGGACUCAAUUAUGAUAUCCCCUCCCUUGAAUCUUAAGCUCUGCAGUGAUCAUAUAAUGAAAUAUGAAUAAAGUUCUAUUUUUUAACUGUGAUGAA